GGAGAUGAUUUUCUAUUACAACAAUGCAAGGUCAUAAAACACUCUCUUCUUCCCCACUUUCCAGACAAUUGCAACACGACUUUCCCAGGGCCCUGAUUUUCAGCACGGAUGACUUUUUCUUCAGGGAAGAUGGUACCUAUGAGUUCAAUCCAGACUUCCUAGAGGAGGCUCAUGAAUGGAACCAGAAAAGAGCAAGAAAAGCAAUGAGGAAUGGCAUAUCCCCCAUUAUUAUUGAUAAUACCAACCUCCACGCCUGGGAAAUGAAGCCCUAUGCAGUCAUGGCACUUGAAAAUAACUAUGAAGUUAUAUUCCGAGAACCCGAGACUCGCUGGAAAUUCAACGUGCAAGAGUUAGCCAGAAAAAACAUUCAUGGAGUCCCAAGAGAAAAAAUACACCGAAUGAAAGAACGGUAUGAGCACGGUGUUACCUUUCAUAGUGUGCUUCGCGCAGAAAAACCAAGCAGAGUGAACAGAAGCCAGGACAGGAGCGGUGCAUCGCCUUCCAAUGGGACAGGAUACUGGAAUACCUACGCAGAGUUUCCAAACCGGAGGGCUCCUGGGGGCUUUACACAUGAGAGCCCCUUUAACAGAAGAGGCGGUUAUCACCAUGGAUAUUAGAGGCUGAUCUUACAGGCAGAGUUUUCCUAAAUCAGUUUUUACUUCGAUUUUUGGUAUUUAUUCUUUGUUCAGUUUUAGUCAGAGCUCUAAUUCCAGUGUAAAUAGUCGAACCUGAACGUUUUUGAGCAGAAGUCAUCAUAUUCAUCUUCAACAGGCAUUUGUUAGUGAUGCUCUAUGCAUGGCCUGAUGCUGGGAGUUCUGCAGGUUUGGUUAGACCAAGUCACUCUUUCUAGGAAAACAAUUAAUUUGAAGAUGAAACCUGAGAAACAUACCCAAGAAUGUAAUCAAUUAGUCACAUAGGUUCAUAAAUAAAGUGUUUACAGUAUAUAUAAUAAGCUUCAGUACCACUUUCUCUGAAGUAAUCUAUUUUUUCAGGAAUUCAUCUCCAUCAGGAAAGUUGGAAAGAUGGGAGAAGUGAGAGGCAGGAAUAAUUUUAGUACCAUUGCUACUUUUUAAAUCUAUGUAUCCAAAAAUGUGAAAUAUAUGGCUGUAAUGAUGAUAUUGAUUUUCCUUUAAAAUGAAUAUACUAAGAAGUAUACAUCUAAAGGAAUACUGUCCUUCAAAGUAGACACUUUGGGAAAUUAUUCCUUUAUUCUAAUGACGUGUCAUUGUUAAAAAUGUCUGUCAAAUCCUUCUUAAUAGCUAUACCAGCUACUGAGGAAAAUCAGUGUCAUUAUUUGAAGUCACAAUUUUAGUUUUGUGUUUUAACUACCACUCUAUUGAACAGGAUUAAACCUGAAUAACUUUUGGCUGUUGUGCUAAUAGUAUAAAUAAAACAAACCUCCUUUAUAAAACAUCAAUUUUUAAGAUGAAUCAUUAAGCAACUUUUAAAAUUUUGCUUAUAAGUGUAAUUAGUAGGCAGCCCCAAUGUUUGGGAGUACAAGGAAUUAAGCAUCCCAGGAUGUAAAUUACAGAGGGAUAAGAUGAGCAAUGUUGGUGUUUUAUAUGACAUCAAGACAAUGAAGUUCUACCACAACUCUGGAAUGUCCCUCAAGCCAAUACUGAAUUUGUGAAUCCAAAUUAAAUCUGAAUAGAGGAAUCAGAUUUUGUGUGAGACCCAAAAUAGAUAAGAACAUGUAGGAUGUAUGCUUUAUUUCUUGUUGGCUAACGGCUUCUCGCUAAUGUUCUGUGAAGUAUUUUAAAUGUCUUAUAUAAUGGUGCUUUUAUGGUUAUU